CUCUGCUCAAUCUUCUACUGGUUCCUACUCGCCACUGCUUCAACUUUGAGUGUUCAACGGUUUUUCGAUGCCCCUGUUCAAGAACUUUCGCAGCGGCGCAAAGGUCGUGGACCAAGCGGUCAAUCUGGAUCCUCACACCUGGACAUUGCCAUCGUCAUACAAACCCGCUCAGCCAGACGGUAAACAAACAAUCAUUCCUGACCCAAGGGUCUUCUCAAAUGUAUUUUCUAUUCCCUGUGAGACCGAAGCACAAAGUAUUGAGACUCUAUUGGCAUACCCCGACGCGAGCCAUGCUGCCGUACAUCUGGCUCUUCUUGAAUGUUUUCGCAACCUGAGGGCUGGCGCAAAGGCGCUUGACGUCGAGGUCAUCCAACCACCUUCAUAUGACGAAACCAAGAGUGCAGUGCCAGCGUCGCCUUCAGAGCCUACGCAACUUCCCGCAUCCCAAAAAUGGGAUCUUCUCAUAAAGCUCGCCGUUACUCGAUUUACUACCUGGUGGUCUGGCAUCGAGCUAUUACUGAACCACGCGAAUGCCUACUCGCAUCAUGGCGGCAGCCGUGCUGCUCUUCAGCUCACAAAGGACUAUCUUCCACCGUUGGAUAUCCUACUCGUCUGGUACGCACUUAUGCUGAACUCAGAGGCUUAUGAUGCUGCCUGCGACGCACAGGGUGCCAAUGCCACGCGCUUGAAAAGUAUUUGCUUCCCUUGGCCUGCCAUUCGCGAUGUCAUCGAUAUGGACAAGAUGCAGCUUGUACUCCCUCGAUCUGCACAGAAGUUGUUCACUAAUAUCACCUCUCAACCAUGCGACAUUCUUGAGUAUAUCCAGAGUCCCCCGGCAUAUGCCGACACCGGCAAAGUGCGUAUUGAGACGGAUUUAUUUAGCGAAGUCAAGAGGCAUGAAGAUAUCAUGGAGGAAUCCCAUAAGCUUCUGUGGAUACGCUCACCUGCCUUACAAGGGUCCCUGAUCCGUGCGGGCUUGGAGUACCUCGACUUUCACUUGAGGGAGCCCAAUGCAGUGGAAGAGGAGAUGGGCCAGGACCUCAAACGAGAUGCGAAGAUUCUUUUCGAUAUGGACGAUCCAUCGCCCAUACAGGGGCACUGCCAUUGCUGGACCUGCGAGCGCAUUCGCGAUGAUAUCCCAGAAUUUGUCUACACAAAACCUUCAGCAACAGCAUCCUCUUCUACGAGCUUGACUACCAUGCAGAAGCAAAUCUCUUCGUUAUCUGCCGAGAGUCUACUUCAGAUUCAAGAUGACCUAGGCUUCUAUCUUGCAGUUGAGGACGCUCGCAGAUCAGGGCUGCCAUUGCCAACUCGGCCACCGACUACUACAGAGAAGGAAGCUGAUAAGAUUGCUAAGCAGAAACAAAAGGAGCUUGGAUACAGACCAGGAUUGAAUGAGUAUGUGGAAGUGUUACCUGAUGGGAGACGCAAGAUCCGGACGCAUAAGUAUGCAAGUGGAAUGUGGGGUACGACUUGGGUUUGA